UUGGAAAGGAGGGAGUAUAAAUAUUUCGAUUGUUAGGCGUACUCUGUGCUUUCGCACGCUCACAGAAAAGGAGACAAAACAGCUCAGAACCAUCCAACAGUCUCCAGCUCUACCAGCUUGAUCCAUUUUUCUUCUUCAUUCUCCUGCUGUGUACGGGAAGGAAUUUUGUUUGCUGAAAAUAUGGGUGGCUGUGUUUCUAUCCCGACUGACACAAUAAAAUCGCAAAGAUUGGUCCUCCCGAAGUGUCACAGGCUUCGCCGGAAGAGGAGGCGGCCUUGUGGCGUUUCUGUUGCACCAAUAGAACAGUUUUCCUAUGGUGCUGAUUUUCUGAGAGAUUUUGAGGCAAACAAUGUGCUGGUUUCACCAGAAAAUGAUGAAGAAUGGAGGGGGAGAGCUAGUUUUCAUAACAUUCCUAGCCAACAAGUUGAAAGUGGGCUAUGUCAAGAUGAAGACUGGUUUGAAUCAAAUAGUGUCCUUGAUUCUGAUUCUGAUGAAGACUAUAGCAGUGUUCAUGGAGACUUUUGUCCAUCAUCGGGCAACACAGCCGGGAGCAUAGCGCCAAACCAAGCAGCCGCUUUGAAUGGAGACAGAUUUCCCGAGCUUUGUACACCUAAAAGAUUCAAGUGUCGUCAUAGAGCGGGACAGAUCAUUCCGUGCUCUAAGGAUGGUGAGAAAGCAACUCAAGGGUGUUGGAUUCCGAUAUCGCCAUCUGUCUUUAAACUCCGGGGAGAGAGUUACUUCAGAGAUAAAAGGAAAGGGAUUGCACCAAACUAUUGUCCUUAUGUCCCUUUUGGUGUUGAUCUAUUUGCUUGCUCCCAGAAGAUAUCUCACAUUGCUCAACAUCUUCAACUUCCUACUGUAGAUCCACACGAUAAAGUUCCAUCUUUUCUUAUCAUUAAUAUACAGCUACCUACAUAUCCUGCUUCUUUGUUCGCGGGAGAUGGUGAUGGAGAAGGAUUAAGCCUCGUCUUGUAUUUCCGGAUAUCAGAGACUUUCGAUAAAGAGAUUUCGAUGCAGUUUCAAGACAGCAUAAAGAGACUUGUGACAGAUGAGAUGGAAACUGUCAAGGGAUUUGCAAAAGAUUCAUCAGUGUCUUACCGAGAGAGACUAAAAUUUUUGGUUAGUGUGGUUAAUCAUGAAGAGCUCCACCUAAGCACGGCAGAAAAGAAACUUGUGCAUGCUUACAACAAUAAGCCCGUACUUACGCGACCUCAACAUGCUUUCUAUAAGGGUCCGAAUUACUUGGAAAUCGACAUAGACGUUCAUCAGUUCAGCUACAUUUCUAGAAAAGGACUGGAUGCAUUUCGGGAGCGGUUGAGACAUGGGGUACUUGAUCUUGGGCUUACCAUCCAGGCACAGAAGCCAGAGGAGCUGCCUGAGAAAGUAUUGUGCAACAUUCGACUGAACAGAAUAGAUUUUGUAAAUAAUGGCCAGAUACCUCUAUUUGCACCCGUAUAUGUGUAGUUAAUUGGGGGUAAAUAAGGUUAUUAAUAGUUGCAUUAUAUUGUUAUCAACCCACUACAAAUUCAUUGGAGGAGCCCCAGGAGGUGAUUGAUAAAAUAAUUGUAUCAUUAUAUUGGUCACAUUUUGUGUAAUUAGUCCUAUACUCCUAUUCGAUAAUGACGUGAGUGGGAGUGAAAACUGUCGAACUAUGUAAUAAAUGACAAGGUCUGAGACCGAUUCGGUUCUUAUAUAAAAUUAGUGGAACCAUUACAAAAAACUUAACCCAUCAAAUCGUUUC